CACAGUUACUACAACAAUGGCAUACCAAGCUCGGUGGUUUAUGCUGGUGAUAGCUGCAGCAUUAGCGUUGCAAUCUAAUGGCGAUGGCGGUAUACGACUUCCGGAUCAACCGCCCAAAGAAGAUACAGAAGGAAGAUCUUUGAAUUUCGGCGGCGACAAUGGACGAUCGCCACAAGCUUCCGGGCGUGGUCUUCUAGACUGGAUUGGUCUCGGCGAAGACCAAGACCCUUACAUCCAGCAAGCAACGCAGCAAUGUAUCAACGGUGAUCUCGCUGAUUGCUUCAAAGCUCAAGCUUUGAGAUCUUUCGAUGAUUUCUUUGACAAACAAGCUUACAAAUUAUCAGACAAUGCAGUUCUGGUAAAGGUGGAAUCACAAGCACGCGCUUUAGCCCACGAACCUCCAGAGUUAAGCUCACAGCCACGCAGCGAAGAUACGGAUUGGGAUGCCUUAGUCAAAUUCGGAAUGAGGAAAAUUGAAAGGUUCUUAAGGUCUACAGCAUUGGAAAUGCAGUUAGACGAUGACGUCACUUCUAACGGUGUCAUUGCCCCUCGCUUCCUCGAUCAGAUCGCGGAUGAAGUUGAUAUCAUUGAAGAUAAGAAAGCACCUUUCCGUCGUCAUAAGCUAAAGAAGCUUAUAAUUCCCAUGCUGCUAAUCCUCAAGCUGUUCAAGCUGAAGCUGCUACUGUUCCUGCCUCUCAUCCUCGGCCUCGCCAGCUUCAAGAAAUUCCUAGGUUUCAUGGCUCUCAUUGUACCAGGUGUCAUUGGCUACUUCAAGUUCUGCAAACCUAAUCUUACAUCGCCAUUCUCCCCCAACCAUUACUCCGGUCCUCAGUACUCACCAGCUGGUAUCGGUAUCCAUGGACCUUAUAGAGAGAGUCCGCCACACUAUGCUCAAUACGAGAGCUAUCCUAACCCUCAUAAAUACGGAUCAAAUGGCAUCGCGUUCAGAGAUCAUGAAUCAAGCCCUCAGGAUCUCGCGUAUCAAGGUUGGGAAUACAGGAACAAAAACGGUGGCGAAGAGAUUAAAGCAGAAAGCGCUUAAAGACUGAAAAGUUGGAUGUUAAAAAUGUAGCGCUGUCUUGCUGCAAGUCAUUUUGUAAACCAAUAUUUGUUAUUUAAGUUUUGUAAAAUAGGAGAUAAAUAGCUUUUGUAAAUUUUGUUAAACCGGUAUAUAAACAUCGGU